AACUCAAGUUUCAGGACUGCUCUCCUAGGAAACAGGUCUGUCAUCAUCUCCAGCUGUCUUGGAAUCUGUAACUUUAAUGGAUUGGUCUCCGUGGAAAUCCUGAGUCCUGAAACAUCCAACAAGACUGAUGCUAUCUCUUGUUACCAUGGAGAUAUUACUUCGCGCCAAGUGUUUUCAGCGCCUAGCAAGUCCUGGUUCUAUCAGAGCAUUACAUAAAGAUUAUAGAACAGCAACCCCUCAGAAUUUCUCCAACUAUGAAUCCAUGAAACAGGACUUUAAACUGGAGAUUCCAGAGUAUUUCAACUUUGCUAAAGAUGUCCUGGACCAAUGGACCAGUAUGGAAAAGGCUGGAAAGAGACCUUCUAAUCCAGCCUUCUGGUGGAUAAAUGGAUGUGGAGAAGAGGUGAGGUGGAGUUUUGAGGAAUUGGGAUCUUUGUCCAGGAAAUUUGCCAAUAUACUUACAGAAGCCUGUGCCCUGCAAAAGGGAGAUCGAGUAAUUGUGAUUCUGCCCAGGAUCCCAGAGUGGUGGCUUGCAAAUGUGGCCUGUCUGCGAACAGGAACAGUUUUCAUUCCAGGAACCACUCAGCUGACCCAGAAAGACAUUCUCUACAGACUACAAUCUUCAAAAGCAAAGUGCAUUAUUACCAGUGAUGUUUUAGCCCCAGCAGUAGAUGCUGUUGCAGCUAAAUGUGAAAAUCUGCACUCCAAGCUAAUUGUGUCCCAGAACUCCAGAGAGGGGUGGGAGAACCUCAAAGAGAUGAUGAAACAUGUCAGUGACAACCACACCUGUGUGAAGACCAAACACGAUGAAACGAUGGCCAUUUUCUUUACCAGUGGAACAAGUGGAUCUCCUAAAAUGACCGGACACACCCACAGCAGUUUUGGUUUAGGAUUGUCUGUAAACGGAAGGUUCUGGCUGGAUUUGAUACCCUCGGAUGUGAUGUGGAAUACCUCAGACACAGGCUGGGCAAAGUCUGCAUGGAGCAGUGUUUUUUCUCCAUGGAUCCAGGGGGCAUGUGUAUUCGCACACUAUUUGCCCCGUUUCGAGCCAACUUCCAUCUUGCAAACACUCUCCAACUUUCCCAUCACAGUCUUCUGCUCAGCACCAACCGCAUACCGAAUGCUUAUACAGGAUAUGACCAGCUGUAAGUUCAAAAGCUUAAAGCACUGCGUGAGCGCUGGGGAACCAAUCAACCCUGAAGUGACUGAACAGUGGAGGAAUAAGACAGGCCUGGAUAUCUACGAAGGUUAUGGACAGACUGAAACGGUGUUAAUCUGUGGAAAUUUUAAGGGAAUGAAAAUUAAGCCUGGCUCAAUGGGAAAGCCUUCUCCUGCUUUCGAUGUUAAGAUUUUAGAUGUAAAUGGCAAUGUUCUACCUCCUGGACAAGAAGGAGAUAUUGGCAUUCAAGCCCUACCUAACAGACCAUUUGGCCUUUUUACUCACUAUGUAAAUGAUCCUUCAAAAACAGCUUCAACUUUACGAGGCAACUUCUAUAUCACUGGGGACAGAGGGUAUAUGGAUGAAGAUGGAUAUUUGUGGUUUGUUGCAAGAUCGGAUGAUAUCAUAUUAUCCUCUGGUUAUCGAAUUGGACCAUUUGAGGUAGAAAGUGCCCUCAUGGAGCACCCUUCGGUUGCAGAAUCAGCUGUUGUCAGCAGCCCAGACCCCAUCAGAGGAGAGGUAGUAAAGGCUUUUAUUGUUCUGAACCCUGAUUACAAGUCACAUGAUCAAGAACGACUGAAAAAGGAGAUUCAGGAGCAUGUAAAAAAAACUACAGCACCUUACAAAUAUCCCAGAAAGGUAGAAUUUAUUCAAGAGCUGCCAAAGACUAUCAGUGGGAAGAUAAAAAGAAAUGAAUUGAGGAAGAAAGAAUGGAAAACAAUUUAAAUUCAUUCUAUUAUCAUGAUACAUAUAAAACAAACAUGGUAUCUUUAAAAUACGGAAUCUCUAAAUCUGUAGAAACCACAAGAUUAUGGACAGACAAUAAAAAAUGAGGUAGUAUGCUUAUAAACUGUUGAUUUAAAAUAUUUUGUGGUUAUGACAUCAGAGGCUGAAUUUUUAAAUAAGAUAUUAUUCCUCUGCAUUACUAUCAGUACUCCUGUAAUUUGGUAAUGUAAAAAGAAUGUCAUCAAUUGCUGAAGAAUUUUUAAAUAGAAGCAGUUUCUGAACCAAAUCCCUGCCCCAUUGGCUUUCAAACCUUAGUUGAAUAAUUUUUCCAAUGUUGGUACACAAAUCAAAAACAAUCUUCAAACCUUGAAAUACAACUAAACAACUUAUAAAGUUUUUAGAAAAAUAUAAAACAUCAUUUAGAAGAUUAUCAUAAUUCUCAAAGUAGAAGUAUCUAUCUGAAAAUAGACUAGGGAUGUUUAUUAGUCACAUUCUAUUUCAAUAAUUUUAAGAGUUUAAAAUUUGUAUCAAGGUCUAAUUAUAAAAGAAGGAUGUCAUAUACUAUUGUUGCUUAUUAUAUUUAACCUAGUAAACACAGUUUACAAAUUUCAUUUGUGGUUCUUCAAGAAACUAUGAUAAAUUCAGCAAACAUUAAGAUAUGAAAUAUAGAUAAAAUAGUGUAGGACAUUAUCAAAAUACUCAUCAUGUUUGGGAAUUUAAGGAAUAAUCAGGAUUCAUACAUGAACAAACAAGACAAAUCUUAGCCAACUGGUGAAUAAAAUAGAAGGUCAUGAAAUUUA